GACUCCGCAAACGUCUGGCCGCGGCUCUUGAGCUCUUCUAUUAAGUUUCGGUUUCUGAGGCUUGGUUACGUUUCCAUUUCUUAAGUUUCGGUUUCUGAGAGCUCGGGCAUCAGAUUCAAUUUCCAGUUUCAUGUUCUAGCUGGGGCUGGGGUCCCUCCUUCAACAAAGACGCGCCGCGCGGCCGAGUCCCAGGGUUGCAGCGGCGUGGCGGGCGCGCGCGCACGCGCAUCCGCCGGCCCACUGCGCGGCUGCCCUCGGUCCCAGGUGCUGAGGAGAGAGCGCGUGAGGGCCUGCGCCGCCCUGACGGCCUGCAGAGCGUUGCCAUCAUGAGUGAAAUUCCUAAGGACCCCUUGAAGGCCAUUCUGUUGGAGUUAGAAUGUCAUUUUACAUGGAAUUUACUUAAGGAAGACAUUGAUCUGUUUGAGGUGGAAGAUACAAUUGGACAACAGCUUGAAUUUCUUACCACAAAAUCUAGACUUGCACUUUAUAACCUAUUGGCCUAUGUGAAACACCUAAAAGGCCAAAAUAAAGACGCCCUUGAGUGCUUGGAAGAAGCAGAAGAAAUAAUCCAGCGAGAACACUCAGACAAAGAAGAAGUACGAAGCCUGGUCACUUGGGGAAACUAUGCCUGGGUCUAUUAUCACAUGAACCAGCUUGAGGAAGCUCAGAAGUAUACAGGUAAGAUAGGGAACGUCUGCAAGAAAUUGUCCAGUCCUUCUGACUACAAGUUGGAGUGUCCUGAGAUUGACUGUGAGAAAGGGUGGGCACUCUUGAAAUUUGGAGGAAAGUAUUAUCAAAAGGCUAAAGCGGCUUUUGAGAAGGCUCUGGAAGUGGAACCUGACAAUCCAGAAUUUAACAUCGGCUAUGCUAUCACAGUGUAUCGGCUGGAUGAUUCUGAUAGAGAGGGAUCUGUAAAGAGCUUUUCUCUGGGGCCUUUGAGAAAGGCUGUUACCCUGAACCCAGAUAACAGCUACAUUAAGGUUUUUCUGGCACUGAAGCUUCAAGAUGUACAUGCAGAAGCUGAAGGGGAAAAGUAUAUUGAAGAAAUCCUGGACCAGAUAUCAUCCCAGCCUUAUGUCCUUCGUUAUGCAGCCAAAUUCUACAGGAGAAAAAAUUCCUGGAACAAAGCUCUCGAACUUUUAAAAAAGGCCUUGGAGGUGACACCAACUUCUUCUUUCCUGCAUCACCAGAUGGGACUUUGCUACAGGGCACAAAUGAUCCAAAUCAAGAAGGCCACACACAACAGACCUAAAGGAAAGGAUAAACUAAAGGUUGAUGAGCUGAUUUCAUCUGCUAUAUUUCAUUUCAAAGCAGCCAUGGAACGAGACUCUAUGUUUGCAUUUGCCUACACAGACCUGGCCAACAUGUAUGCUGAAGGAGGCCAGUAUAGCAAUGCUGAGGACAUUUUCCAGAAAGCUCUUCAUCUGGAGAACAUAACCGAUGAUCACAAACAUCAGAUCCAUUACCACUAUGGCCGCUUUCAGGAAUUUCACCGUAAAUCAGAAAAUACUGCCAUCCAUCAUUAUUUAGAAGCCUUAAAGGUCAAAGACAGAUCACCCCUUCGCACCAAACUGACAAGUGCUCUGAAGAAAUUGGCUACCAAGAGGCUUUGUCACAAUGCUUUGGAUGUGCAGAGUUUAAGUGCCCUAGGAUUUGUUUACAAGCUGGAAGGAGAAAAGAGGCAAGCUGCUGAGUACUAUGAGAAGGCACAAAAGAUAGAUCCAGAAAAUGCAGAAUUCCUUACUGCGCUCUGUGAUCUCCGACUUGCCAUUUAAAUACACACUCUAGGAAAUUAGCUCUAAGUUUUUCCCUCCAUUUUGGGUUCUUCUGUUUUUUUUUUGUUUUGUUUUGUUUUGUUUUAAUCCAUUGUUUAUUAUAGAACUAAUAUUUAUUGAAUAGUUAUUGUGUACCAAGCAUUGUGCUAAAUACUUUAUAUGCAUUAUGGCAUUAUGAUGAAUCUUGUGUAGUUUUCUUUCUUUUUUCUUUUUAAUUAAAAUACUAUAAUCCGUUGAGAAAUAGCAAUAUUCUAGCUAUUGUAACUUUUAAAAAUCGUAUGGCCAUUAGAUCUGAGCUUUUUAUCUCUGCUCUUUAUAACACUUUGCAGAUUACAUUUUGGCAAAUUUCUCAUAUUAUGUAGUAAAUAUAUUCCUAUGUAAACCUUUGAUACCUAGAUCAGGAAUACUCUUCCAGGAGUACAAAAUUACAUUAUUAAUAGUUAAGCUCUUAACUAUGUAGUUUGCAAAAGACAGCACUUUUUAGUUACAUGUUAGUUAAAAGUUACACUUUUUAGUUAGAUGUUUUGACUUUGAUGAGGAUAUUUAGCUAUCAAUCUAAUAGUCACCUAAAAUAUCUUUUUUGUUGGAAAAAAGUUUAUAAUAAAAAAGUUUGUCAUCUCUAGUGACUUCAAUAAAAUGAAAACACUAGAAGAGAAGAAAAAAGAUUUCCUCAAAUUUUAAAUAUGUAACUUCAGGAAUUCAAUCCCCAAAUGUCUAUUAAGUAGUUAGAAAUAAUUAUGUGGGAAAACAAUAAAUAAUGGAAAAUAGUGAGUCUCAAAUUGUUUUUUUAAAUAAAAAAAAAAUCUACAAUGAAUCUAUAUGCAAUUAAUUUUAUUACUUCCAGCUAAAAUUACAAUAUUUUUAGGUUAAAAUUACUGAGAUAUAAAGCAGCCAUUGGGAAAUUGGGAGAAAUGAUAAACAAAUGGAAAAAGAAGAUGUCCCUAACCUACCCCCAUAGAUUACCAAUAUUUCACUGUACUAGUUUUGAAUCUGUUCUGAAUAGCGUUUUUAUACCCUCAAUUUCUGGCCUUUGGCUAUUGUAGCAUUUCAAAGUGACUUCUAUGAAGCUUUUUUUUUUUUAAUGUGAAAUUUUCAGAGUGUUGUUUUUUUCAUGUAGUUACUCCAGGAAGAGUUAAGCGAGGCUUUCAGUUUUAAUAUCCACCUUGAGGGGUUACUGCUUGAGGGCUUUUAUCCCAGGAGACUUUUUAAUUCGGAUGUUACUUAAUGUGGCUUAUCUAAUGUAGUUUCUUUGAUUAUAGACUACACAAUUAUGUACCAUCACAGUAUUAGUGGAAACGUACCAUGUGAUUUAAUUCUCCAUUCCUCCAAUGUAACUCUUAAAAUUA